GGCUUCUUCCAGACAUUGCUGAGGAAAACUCGCUUGAGGAGUCUGCGUCAAGAAGUACCACCUUUAGAAAUCCUCACCAGCCAGCUUUCUGUUUCCGGAGGGUCCUUACCGGAUCCGCCCCAGGCAUGAAGGCUCUCCAGUUGAUAGGAUGGAUGGUCCUCCUUACCUGUGUGUUUCCGGCCUGUGCUGCACAAAGUCCAAUGACCGUGCUGUGCUCCAUAGACUGGUUCAUGGUCACUGUGCACCCGUUCAUGCUGAAUAACGACGUCUAUGUGCACUUCCAUGAGUUACACUUGGGUCUGGGCUGCCCUGCCAACCACGUUCAGCCACACGCCUACCAGUUCACCUACCGUGUCACCGAGUGCGGCAUCCGGGCCAAGGCUGUCUCCCUGGACAUGGUUAUUUACAGCUCGGAGCUGCGCUACGCUUCGAAGGGGACUUCUUCUAAGUACGUGAUCCCUGUGUCCUGCACUGCUCCCCGGCAGUCCCCGUGGCUCCCUCCACCCUGCCCAGUGAGAGUAGCCAAUGGGACAGUCACUACAGCCCAACAGGGCGGGGCGAGCUAUGACGUGUUCACCUUGUCUCAGUCCAGCCAAAGGCCCGACUGCGACUGUCCACCCUGCGUCUUCGGCGAAGAAGAGCAUGUCCGGGCCCCACAGGGCCAAGCAGAGGCUCAGGAGGGCCAGCACCCGUCUGCUUUUGUGGAUCUCUCUGAGGACUGGUCCCUUCGCUCGGAUGAUCUCAUUGGGUCCAUGUGAUCCCCGGGUUUGUGGAAUCCCUCGGGAGCUUUUUCUAACAUUAGUAUAUAAUAUUUUCUAUUAUCAGACAAAUAAGUUUGUUGGU